AUCUGUAUUCUCUGCAUUCUUAUCACUAUUUAUUUCUAUUGUAUAUUCAUAGUUAUAUAAAUUUAAAAUAAUUAUAUUUUUAAUUAGUAAUAGAAAAUCACAAUUCAUGUGGUACGAUAAUAAAAUUGCUUGCAAUUUCAAUUUGACAAGUUCAAAAAUUUCUAGUACAAAAUUCUAAAAAUCGCUAGUCCCGGUAAAUUCUAUAAGAUUCUGUAAUUUAAUAGGGCUGCAAUCACUCUGUUAUUAUUUGAAUAAGCAUUCACAGUAGUCAGUAUUGUUAUAACAUAAUUAUUAAAUCAUGAUUAGAUAAACGUUUUAAAAUUAUAAUGACUACACUACUUUUACAUUUACCUCCAGAAGUAUUAGCUAAUAUUUUUAGAAGGCUGACCACCUCAGAGCUUCUCAAUGUUAUGCUAUCUUGUAAGUUUUUGAGAAAUUUCAUUAUAAAUGAUAAUGCAAUCUGGAGAUCAGCUGGUCAAAAAAAAUUAUUUGUAUACUACAGUAUUGAGAACAGUAACCCUAUCACAUUGUCCUGGUAUGAACGAUCUAGAAUUUCAUACAAUUGGCGUUAUGGUGUCUAUAAAGCACAGGUUCUUAUUCGACAUUAUACAAACUAUAUGCCCUGGUUAUUAUUUCACAAUUCAGAAGCUCUGGUGAUGUCAGUAGGUUCAGCACUGCAGUGCUAUACUACAAACAAAAAAGGAUUACCAUGUUGUAAGGUAGCCUGUUGGAAAUUACAAGUUCCAAAGAUCAAGAGAUCUGGUGUUCGUACAAAUGACAUAUCAAGAUUUGUUUUAAGAAAUAAUCUUAUUGUUUGUGGAAAUAGAGAUGGCUGUAUGGCAGUGUAUGAAGUAAAUAACAUCAAACAAAAACCACAAUUAAUGUGUCACAUUCGAGAUUGCCAUGAAAAUGGUGAGGUAGAGUUGACAACUGUGGAAUUAUUCAAUAAAAAUGAACCAUUCCAUAUUAUAGCUACUGGUUCUAAUUACAGCUCUGUGUUGCGACUGUGGAGCUUGAGAAAGCAUGAAACCCAUGAACCUACACCUGAUGUCAUAUAUAAUAAUCAUGAUAUUAGUGUAACAGACAUCACUCUAUCAAACAAUGUGGGAAUAAGGUGCAUGCACCUAAACCAAUUAGGAAAUAAACUUGCAAUUGGACUUAAUGGAAAUGAUAGUCCUGUUUUACUUGAUGCUCGAUCGUGUAAAGUACUUAUGACUCCACAUGAAAAGACAGAUUUAAAACAAGUUGUGAGAGACAUUCAAUGGCACGAUCCAAAUACUUUUGUUUAUGUAACACAUUCGGGAAAGUUGCGCUUAAUUGAUAUUCGGAGUCAUGAUAAGGUUUAUGAUGCAAUGGAUCCUUUCCUGUCUUCUCUAUACUGUGUAAAAUCUGAUGGAGAUCGCUCUAUAAUUGUAGGCUCAUCUGAAUAUGCCCGCUGUGUACUAUUUGAUACACGUAAAAAUGAAUCACAUGUGCAAAUAUAUUUUACUCAGAAACAAACAUCGCCAGUAUAUAGUUUAGACUUCGAUUCUACUAAACUAAUCGCCGCAGCUGACCGUAGUUUAGCUGUUCUAGAUUUUGACGUCAAUCCAGCGAAUGUAGAACGACAAUUAUAGACAAUGCUUAGAAAUAUAUUAUUCAAUAUAUUCAAGUCCGUUAAUAAAGUAAACAGAAGAACAGUGGCAAAUAAUGCCCUAAAAUUUAUUCCGGUUACUAUUGGAUUAGCAAAUUUAACUCACUGUGAAGGAAAACAAAAAAAGGAAGUGGAUAUAACAUGGAAAGAUGAUAAUUUAGAACA